AGCUCACUUGGCAACGAGGGAGAAAGAAGUCAGGCUGUUGCUUUCCACAAGGAAAACCCUUCUCCACAGAUUAUAUCUCCAGAAGGUUGCUCUCGGAGUGAAGCUUAUCAGCUUCUGAGUGAUCGUUGGGCAGCUGCAAUGCAUCUAUACAAUGACCCUACAGUUGAUUUGUCUGAAAGACCGAUGAUGUAUUAUGGCGGGGAUGUGUGGGGUAAACUGCCUCACAAGAUACUGGCUCCAGCCAACAAGACAUUACCUCCACCAAUGUUGCCAAAUGAUUACAGAACCGAACACCGUCGAGGAUUGGCUGAUUCCAAGGUCGUCAAGUUCUAA